UACAUCAUUAUAUACGUCUAUUUAUAACUUUAAAUUCUUUCUUUUUUCUAUCUAUGGUCGAUCGUAAAAAGAUAAGUAAAAACGAAACAGACUACAACAUAUAAAUUCAUCAUUUUUCAAUUAUUUUCAACCAAAUAAAGUCGUAUGUUAUCGUCGGUAUCUACUUGUUUCACAUCAUCAACAAUUAUGGCGUCGUCUUUUUUUACGUCCUGAUUGUACAAAUGGUCAUAUUGGUGCAGUUCAUGUUCGACAUAUUGAUAAAUUUAUUUCUAUGCUUGGUACACGUUGUGCAUCAUCACUUAUUUAUAUUGAUUUACCUGUUGAAUUAGUUACAGUUGAAAUUUUACGUGUAUUAGCAUUACAUUGUCCUAAUUUAGAAUAUUUAACACUUGAUUUUUCAUCAGCAAUGCAAUUACAUGAUUUUAGUGAAUUAAAUGAAUUUCCAUCUUUUAUGCGUCGAAUUUAUGGAUAUAUAUCUUCAUUAAAUACAUUACAUAUUAUUGGUACAAUAGAAAAAACUUCAAUAUCAUCAUCAUCAUCAGAAGAAGUUGAUACAUUUGAAACAAUAAAUAUAAGUAAAAUAAAAACACAUGCACCAAAUUUACGUGUUAUUAAUUUAUAUGGUAUUGGUUUUAUUGAUGAUAAUCAUAUUGAACUAAUUGCAUCUGGUUGUAUGCAUCUUCAAUGUCUUGCAUUAAAUUUUUGUAUUAGAAUACGUGGAACAAGUUUUAAAAAUUUAAUGAAUCGUUGUACAAAAUUACAAUGUUUAUUAUUACAAAAUACGGGUAUUCAAGAUGAAGCAAUGGUUGCUGUUAAUUGGUCAUCAACUCAACUUUCUGAAUUAGAUAUUUCAUCAACAGAAUUAAGUGAAAAUGGUCUAUUGGAUUUUUUUUCUGUUGUACCAAAACUUACAUAUUUAGCAGUUUCUUAUUGUGAUGGUUUUACUGAUAAGGUAUUAAAUUUAAUAAUCGAUCGAGGUACAUUAAAUGGAUGUCGAGCACUUGAUUUAAGUAAUACAGUAAAUUUAAAUGUUGAAACAGUACAUCAUUUAUUAACAUCAACACGUCAUGUUACUUAUCGACUUGAAGCAUUAAAUUAUACAGGUCAUGAUGAUAUUACAGAACAAUUUUGGAUUGAUACCAUACGAUUUCUUCGUCGAAUUAAGUAA